AAAAAGGCUGCCGACAGGCAGCUGGGCGGAGCCGCGGGCCUCCCUCCGCUGAGUACAGCGCUUCCAGGAGGCGCCCCGACAGUCAUGGAGCGCCUCGUGAGAGUGAGGGCCUGGGUGGAGGAGAACCGGGCUUCCUUCCAGCCCCCGGUCUGCAACAAGCUCAUGCACCAGGAGCAGCUCAAAGUCAUGUUCGUCGGAGGCCCCAACACCAGGAAGGACUAUCACAUCGAGGAGGGUGAAGAGGUAUUUUACCAACUGGAGGGAGACAUGGUUCUCCGAGUCCUGGAGCGAGGGAAACACCGGGAUGUGGUCAUUCGGCAGGGAGAGAUAUUCCUCCUGCCUGCCAGGGUGCCCCACUCACCACAGAGGUUUGCCAACACCGUGGGGCUUGUGGUUGAGCGGAGGCGGCUGGAGACCGAGCUAGAUGGGCUCAGGUACUACAUGGGGGACACCGUGGACAUCCUGUUUGAGAAGUGGUUCCACUGCAAGGACCUCGGCACGCAGUUGGUCCCCAUCAUCCAGGAGUUCUUCAGCUCUGAGCAGUACAGAACAGGAAAGCCCAUCCCUGACCAGCUGCUCAAGGAGCCACCAUUCCCACUGAGCACACGAUCCGUCAUGAAGCCCAUGUCUCUGAAGGCCUGGCUGGACAGCCACCGCCAGGAGCUGCAGGCGGGCACACCACUUAGCCUGUUCGGGGACACCUAUGAGACCCAGGUGAUCGCCCAUGGACAAGGCAGCAGCGAAGGCCUGAACCAGAAUGUGGACGUGUGGCUGUGGCAACUGGAGGGCUCCUCGGUGGUGACAAUGAGGGGACAGCGCCUGAGCCUGGGACCAGAGGACAGCCUCCUGGUGCUAGCUGGGACCUCGUAUGCCUGGGAGCGAACACAAGGCUCUGUGGCCCUGUCUGUGACGCAGGAUCCUGCCUGCAAGAAGCCCGUGGGGUGACCCCCUUGCCAUGGCCCGAAGCAGCCACAGGUGUGCCAAGCACCCUCUUGAGUGCCAUCCCCACUAAACAACUCUCCCAGCCCCCACUGCUUCUCCGUGAACCGCUGCUUGUGCCCCUCACGGACCUGGACAUGAUCGUCAACCGCCCUCCUGCCCUUCUCAGCCCAGAUGCCAUGCCCCUGGGGGGGUAGCAGCUCCCCAUCUUCUCUGGCAGUCUCACCCUACUGCCUUGCCAGCCUUUCCAGGCAGUCUACUCCCUGCCCAGCUCCUGCCCAUUCCUCUGUCCCUACAGACUUUGGGCAGCACCUCCCCACCAAGAAGGCCCUCAGUAAAUGUUUCCUGGUGAACAAA